AUGUCCGAUCCCGAGAAAGCCGAAAAGGCAAGGGACAGUACCAAUGGCGGAACCAAGGGUCCGCAGCUCACCACGCAAACGAAUAUCCUGCCCAUGAAACAAUUGCUGGUAGUGUUCCCGGGACUAUCAGUCGCCAUGCUGUGCUCUAUGCUCGAUCAAACGAUUGUAUCAACGGCCCUGCCCACCCUCGGCGCGGUGUUCAAUGAAGCCAACAUCUCGUCCUGGGUUGGAACGGCAUACAUGCUCACCAGCACGGCCUGUCAGCCGCUGUAUGGUCGACUAUCGGACAUUUUUGGCAGGAAGAUUGUUCUUAUUUUCGCCCUGUCAGUAUUCCUCAUUGGGUGCGUCCUGUGCGGCGUAUCCAGGAACAUGACCAUGCUGAUCGUGUGUCGCGCUGUGGCGGGGAUUGGCGGCGGAGGUAUCCUCACGACAGUUAGUAUCGUCGUGUCGGAUCUUGUCUCGCUGAAGGAUCGGGGUAAGUACCAGGGGAUUAUUGGGGUGGUUGUCUCGGCUGGCACGGCUAUUGGGCCUGUUGUUGGUGGGCUGUUUACCGAGAAGGUGUCAUGGAGGUGGUGUUUCUUUAUCACUGUUCCUCUCUGUGCUGUGGCCUUGAUCAUCGUCGCUUUCGCCCUGCCUUUUAAAAAGGUUGAGGGCCACGCGAUGGAGAAGAUCAAGAAGAUCGAUGGAUGGGGAUGUCUGAUUAGCUUUGUCGCGUCGAUUUCGAUUCUUCUUCCUAUAUCCUGGGCUGGCACGAUGUACUCAUGGGCCUCUGCGGCUGUGCUCGUUCCGCUGAUCAUUGGGCUAGCCCUCAUCGGGGUCUUCGUUGUGGUGGAGGUCAAAGUCGCCAGGCUACCAUUGAUCCCCCUGCACAUGUUCAGCAACACCCACGUCUCCAUCUGCAUUCUCACCACGUUCCUGACCGGCUUCGCCACCUUCAUCAACCUCUACUACCUCCCCCAAUUCUACCAAGUCGUCCAAGGCGACAGCGCCCUCCGCUCCGGCAUCAUGAUCCUCCCACUAGUCGUCUCCCAAAUCGUCACCUCCUUCAGCUCCGGCUUCAUCGUCAGCAAAUGGGAAUGCUACCGCAUUAACCUGAUCCUGGGCUACGGGCUCUGGACUAUCGCCUCCGGUCUCUUCACAACCGUGACCAUUUCCACACCCGCGUGGAAACUGGUAAUCUUCCAGCUACUCACCGGUCUGGGUAGCGGACAGACACUCCAGAUUACUCUGGUGGCUAUCCAGGCGGCGCUGAAGAGGAGUGAGAUGGCCGUUAUUACGGGCGCGAGGAAUUAUCUCCGCAUGAUGGGGUCGACGUUGGCUAUUGCGGCGAGUUCGGCGAUUGUGGGGAAUAUUGUUCGGUCUAAACUCGAAACCCUUGACUUCUCUCCAUCGCUUAUAUCGGAGAUCAUCGCCGAUCCCACGAAAAUUAAGUCAAUGUCGCUGCCUGCGGUGCAGGAGACGGAGGCGUUGGAAGCUUAUGCCAAGGGCAUCCAAGUCACCUACCAAAUGAUGACUGCCCUUGCAGGCGUGCAGUUCCUGCUCUGUGUGUGUUUCGUCAAGGAUUAUUCGCUCGCCAGGGAGGAUGAUGCGAAGGAGAAGGCGGCUGGGAAGGCGUGGGUGCAGCAGCGGAGGGAGAAAGCGAAAAAGACGAAUGGGGUGGUGUCCCAGGAGGAGGUGGAGCAGAAGGUGUAAGUCUGGGUUCAUUGGGUGAAAUCAAACGGUUCAUAUGAUAUCAGGGCGUGAAGAGUGGUAUUUCAG